GCGCCCUGGCCGUGUCCGGGCCCAGGUUCCCAGGCGAGUUUGGGGAAGUACUCGCCCGACUGGGCCGCUCGUGACCCGGCUCCUCGGGGGCCCCGCAGCAGACCCUUCCCUGCAGCGGCACCCACAGGAUGUCGCCGAGCCCUGUGCUGCUGUGCGCCCUGCUGUGGGUCCCUGCGGGGGCCCUGCGCUGUUUUGGGGACUCGGGACAGCCUGUGGACUGGUUCGUAGUGUACAAGCUGCCGGCCCAUAGCGGGUCCGGGGAUGCACCGGGGAGGGGGCUACGGUACAAAUACCUGGACGAGAACUCGGGGGGCUGGCGCGACGGCGUGGGGUCCAUCAACAGCUCCGAGGGAGCCGUGGGCCGCAGCCUGCUGCCUCUGUACCGCAAUAAUGCCAGCCAGCUCGCCUUCCUGCUGUAUAAUGACCAGCCACCCAAAUCCAGCUUGGCUAAGGAUUCCACCAGCAGCCAUGGACAUACCAAGGGGGUCCUUCUCAUGGACCAGGAAGGGGGCUUCUGGCUGGUCCACAGUGUGCCACGCUUCCCUCCACUGGCGUCAUCUGGUGCCUUCAGCUGGCCUCAUAAUGCCCAAAGCUUUGGGCAAACUCUGAUCUGUGUGUCCUUUCCCUUGGAAGAGUUCCUAAGGAUUGGCAGGCAGCUGAUGUACACCUAUCCCUUGGUCUUCGACCACAAGCUGGAAGACACAUUUGCCCAGAAAUUCCCUGACCUGGAGGCAGUCAUCAUGGGCCACCAUGUUGUCCACGAACCUUGGAACAGCAGUGUGACACUUACAUCGCUGGCAGGGUCUACUUUCCAGAGCUUUGCCAAGUCUGGCAAGUUUGGAGAUGACUUGUACUCUGGUUGGUUGGCAGCGGCCCUUGGCAGUGACCUGCAUGUCCAGUUCUGGCAGAAUUCUCCAGGCAUUUUGCCCUCCAACUGCUCUGGGACGCAGCAAAUUCUGGAUGUGACACAGACAGGUUUCCCAGGACCAAGUGGGCCAACCUUCAGGGCUACAGAGGACCAUUCCAAAUGGUGCGUGGCCCCAGAAGGGCCCUGGACCUGCAUUGGUGACAUGAAUCGUAAUCUGGGAGAGGAACAUCGAGGUGGGGGCACACUCUGUACCCAGCUAUCAGCCCUCUGGAAGGCCUUCCAGCCGCUGGUCAAGGCCUGGAAACCCUGUGGAGAAGAGAACAGGGCCUGGAAACUCAGCAGCGCCAGGAACUAAGACUCAGGAACUGGUUU